AUGCAUCCUGCAAGGUCACCACUGGAGACAAUCAUCGCCCAAAUUUAUUCCAAAUUCACUAUCGUUCAACGUGAAUGCCACCGAAAGGACACCAUGCUUCACGGCAUGUCCCAGUAUAUCAAAGCAAUGCAGCAGCGAAACUGCAAACUUGAUGAGAAAUUGAGAGUCGUGGAGGCUCAGGUGGGAAAGCCUGCAGAUGUAAAAGCUCAAUCGUAUUGGGCUCGGAUCUUACACCUUCAAAAUGAAACCUAUCAGAUUAUACAAAUCAAGCAGGACGGCCUUGGGCCUAAUUCCUACGAGGGAGUCUUCGGCCCAUCUUUAAGUAUGUCUUGUACACUUGCAUUAUCACAACAACCGAUUUUCGGACAACGGCUAUAA